AUGCGUCUCCUAGAUUCCUGGACCCACAUCCCUCACAGUGUCCUGCUGUUGAUCCUACUGCUGGGAUGUAAAGGAGCAGCCAUGGAAGAGCUGAAGGUGAUCCAGCCCAAGAAAUCAGUUUCUGUUGGUGCUGGAGGGUCAGCCACUCUGAAUUGCACAGUGACAACUCUGGCCCCUGUGGGGCCCAUCAGGUGGUUCAGGAGUUCAGGACAGAGUCGACACUUGGUAUAUUCUUUCACUGGAGAAUACUUCCCCAGAGUAACACGUGUUUCUGAUACUAUAAAGAGAGACAACCGAGACUUUUCAAUACGCAUUAGUAAUGUCACUCUUGCUGAUUCGGAUACCUACUACUGUGUGAAGUUCCAGAGAGGAACAUUAGACCCUGACAUUGAGAUUCAGUCUGGAGGCGGCACUGAGUUGUUUGUAUUUGGAGGAGCUAUGAAAGAGCUGAAGGUGAUCCAGUCUGACAAAUCCAUUUCUGUUGGUGUUGGAGGGUCAGCCACUCUGAAUUGCACAGUGACAUCUCUGACCCCUGUGGGGCCCAUCAGGUGGUUCAGGAAUGUAGGACAGAGUCAACACUUGAUAUAUUCUUUCACUGGAGAACACUUUCCCAGAGUAACAAAUGUUUCAGAUACUACAAAGAGAAACAACCUGGACUUUUCCAUACGCAUUAGUAAUGUCACUCUUGCUGAUGUGGGUACCUACUACUGUGUGAAGUUCCAGAAAGGAGCAUUAGACACUUACAUUGAGAUUCAGUCUGGAGGCGGCACUGAGCUGUUAAUACUUGAACUGAAGACAUCAGGUAUUGCUAAAAUCCUUAUAGCUGUGCUUCUCGGACCCAAACUACUUCUGGUAAUUGCUGCCACUGUCAUUUACAUGUACAAGAAGCAAAAUGCCUGAAUGCACCACCCAGACAUUGACAGUUCCAGCAUUA